CGGACGCGAGUGCCAUGACUGUAUAGAGAUUACCAAAUGAGUGCUUCGCGGACGCACCGCACGCGAUCAUCGGUGCCUUACAGAAGAACCUGUUCUAUUUGACUGUGUUUUUUUUUUUAAUUUCCAAACCGAACUAGGAUAAGACUUUUCUUGGAUCGUACCGUUUGUGGCUAAUGUAUGGCGAUGUCGCGUCGUCGCAGGCUCGAUGGAGGCGGGUGAGCGGGACCGUCGGCGCCGAUGCGCGCCUGGUUCGUCGUGUGUGCGGCGCUCGUCGCGGUAAGCCGGGCGACCGCGGCGACGUCCGCGCACCCCCACGCCCCUACCGCGCGACUAGAGCGGAUCAAGUCACAGAUACUCGCCAAGCUGGGUCUGACCUCAAGACCGACACCACAAGGCGCGCCGCCCCGCGACGUUGUUCGCGCGAUCCUGGCGCGCGCAGCCGACUCCGAACCACAACCACCACAGCAAGAGGAGCACAUGAGAGAAGUCAUUGCGAUAGCGCAUAA